AGAAAAACAACAGUUUAUAUCGCUCUUUCAAAAAAAUCGGAUAGUCUCCCAAGCAGUCCAAGCAACCACAGGUUAAAUAAUAGGCAGACCACGCCCCAAACCGAAAUUUACAUAAAAAUAACCACUACUUUCACUUUAAGCCUUAAAAAAUAAAUCAAAAUCAGAAAUAACUUUUUUAAACUGAUUAAAUGAAAAACAGGGAACCCCAAAGGUCUCCUCACGUAAUUUUGACAAAAAAGUACAAACAGCGAUAAUAUGAAACGCAUCCAAUGGCGAGUCAGCCACACCACAUACGCAACUGUCUCUUCUGUAAUUACAUAAAAAACUUAAUGAAUUACACCUUAUUUGCAUUAAUACAGCCAUAACAUUAGAUGAAAAAUUACUAUUAUAAAUAAAACAAUCAAAAAAGGGUUUGUUCAGACUCUUAUACCACUCACAGUAAGAACUUAAUAAUAUACCAUGAUUCAACUUCGAAAUAUAAUUAUCAAAAUUAUUUAACUUUAAUAAAUAAACACUAUUAACAUCUUGUAACAAAUUAUCAAAAUUGAUUCCGUUCCUUGCACAAUUAGCCAACCAAUACUUCGACCAAGGUAACUCAGCUUGUUUCAAAAUAAAACUCAAACAAAUUUUACUAAGACGUUUAUCAUUUAAACUCAACGUUCUAAAAAGGAUUUGUAUAUUUCUUGAGGUGUUUCAAUUUGGGAAAAUUUCAUACUGAUUUUAAUAGCGUAGCAUCUAGGAAAGUGUCUAUAUUGCUUUCAUAGCAAAAGUUUCAAGGAUGGUGAUAGGCUGUCUUUUCUUUGUUGAUGGCGUGUUCCUUGAGUCUUGUGUAGAGGUAUCAUGCACUAUUGUAUUCCUGUUCUUCACUGAAUCUGUUGUCUCUGAUGAUAAUUUAUAAGUUUUUUGUCUGGAUGGUCCUUCAUAUUCUUGUAGAGGCUGUGUAUGUUGAGAUUCCUCAUGAAACUUAGUUUCUUUCUUUCAGUGUUUUGGUGAAGACCCCAUGGCUUGAUAGCAGCAUACUGAUAUUGCAAGAUUGCUGGUUUGUCUUGAUGAGUAAACAAUUGUUUUUCCAAAUCAAUCCAAUUUGUAUGUGAAGAAAUUGCAAAAUUGAUAAAGAAAGAUGUCUAGCAAUUGUACUCAUAUUACUACAGUUGGUGAUUAUAGUAAGGAUGAUAUACUGAGAAAGCAAGAGCUAUCAAAAUGUGACUCUUGUGAUUGCCAAGGCCCUAAUCUUUGGUUAUGUUUACAUCGUGACUGCUUGUAUGUGGGAUGUGGAGAAUUGCAUGAUGAUCAUAGCACUAAGCAUUUUCAGGCUAGACAAGAUCAUUCCUUGACUUUAAAUCUUACAACACUGCGUGUUUGGUGUUAUUUGUGUGAAUGUGAAGUAUUUUUAGAAAAUAAUGACCCUCCACUUGCUCCAGGAAUUUUGUCUUCGCAACAUAUCUCUGCCAGCAAAGUAUAUGUUGCAGAUAUUGAUUCAGAUGAGGAUGAGGAAGGAGAAAAUCAAAAUCUGAAACCCAGAGGUUUAACGGGGCUACAAAAUCUUGGUAAUACUUGUUAUAUGAAUGCAGCAAUACAAGCACUUUCUAAUUGUCCACAGCUUACAUCUUUCUUUCGUGAUUGCGGUGCAUUUGUUAGAUCCGACAAAAAGCCAGGCUUAGCAAAAAGUUACAUGAGAUUGAUACGAGAAAUUUGGCAUAAAAGAAGACCUAGUUAUGUAGUACCGUCAGCAAUUGCCUAUGGAAUAAAAUUUGCUUUUCCUGUCUUCAGAGGUUAUGCUCAACAGGAUGCUCAAGAAUUUCUCAGAUGCUUUAUGGAUCAGUUACAUGAGGAACUAAAGGAACCAAAAAUUGAAGUUGAAUCAUGUGGCGCUAUGUCUCCUGAUAGUCCGGAAGAAUUUGAUAGUUGUCAAGGUGAAUCUGCAUUAGGUGUUUCUGAAGAUUCCAGCCAAUCAGAAGCAGAAUUUGAGACAUGUGAUUCAGGAUUAAGUAGUGAAAAAAGUUCAUGCAUAGAAGAUUGUGUAGAACAUAGAGAAGGUUUAGUUGCAAAUGAAGACGACUGUCAAGAUGCUUCUUUACUUAUUAAUUCUAACCAAGAGGGACAUAUGCAAAAUCAAAUGCCUAAUUUUCAUUCACAUCCAUCAAAUAAAUCAGCAGAAGUUAAUAAAGAAAAGGAAGGUUAUAAUUCUGUUCGUAAUCUUCCACCCAAGGAGGAUUAUCGCCAUUACGGGGGUAUCGAUUGGUCAUCUGAUUCAGGAGUUCAAGGUAAUCAUUCUGUAGAUAUUUCGGAUGUGGGAAGCUAUUUGGAGGGAAAAACGUCACCUGCUUCAAGAUCUGGAGAAUCUAAAAAAGCAAAUUAUAUAGGUAUAAAUAACAGGCAACAACUUGAUUCUCAGCGCCAGACAAUACAAAGAAAUUCUACCACCAUUAGACAAAUUCAGAGUCAGAAUCAAUCAUUUGCCAAGAUGGGACCAAGGAAGAAGAAACCUGUACAGUAUCAUAGUGUUAUUUCAGAUAUUUUUGAUGGGAAGAUAGUUAGUUCAGUGCAAUGUCUUACAUGUGAUACAUUAUCAACAACAAAAGAGACAUUCCAAGAUCUUUCUUUACCUAUUCCUGGUCGUGAUCAUUUACACAUGCUUCAUGCUUCUCAUAAUAAUCAGCAAAAGGGAACCAAUGCUUGUACAGAUGUUUAUAGUAACAGGAGUUGGUUAGGUUCUAUGCUUGAUUGGAUCAUAAGUUGGUUUUGGGGACCCACCAUAAGCCUGCAAGAUUGCUUGUCUGCUUUUUUUUCUGCAGAUGAAUUGAAAGGUGAUAAUAUGUACAGCUGUGAGAAAUGUAAAAAACUAAGAAAUGGCAUAAAAUAUUCCAGAGUUUUGCAGUUACCUGAGGUUCUUUGUAUUCACUUGAAACGUUUUAGACAUGAAGUCAUGUUUUCUUCUAAAAUAAGCAGCAAUGUUUCUUUCCCUCUUGAAGGAUUGGAUAUGUCUCCAUUUCUUCAUAAAGAUUGUUCAAGAGGAGUUACUACCUAUGAUCUUGUUGCCGUUAUAUGUCAUCAUGGCACUGCUGGUUCUGGUCAUUAUACAGCAUAUGGAUUAAAUUACUUAAAUGAGCAAUGGUAUGAAUUUGAUGAUCAAUGUGUUACUGCUGUUGAUCCUCAAGUUGUGCAAAAUUGUGAAGCAUAUGUUUUGUUCUACAGAAAAUCUUCAGAAGAAAUGAUAAAGAAACGUCAAAGAGCAAUUGAAUUAAUGGAAAGAAGCAAAAGAGAGCCUGGAUUACUUCAUUUCUAUAUAUCAAAACAAUGGGCUAACAAAUUUAAUACAUUUGCUGAACCAGGGCCAAUUACAAAUAAUGAUUUCUUGUGUGUUCAUGGAGGUGUUCCACCUAAUAAAGUUAUGUUUGUGGACGAUCUCUGUACUGAACUCUCUCAAGCAGUAUGGGAGUAUUUACACGAUACAUUUGGUGGAGGUCCAUCAUGCACACACCUCUAUUCAUGUCCAAUUUGUCAAGCAGAACAGGAAUGUUUAGACAGGCGAAGAAAACAGGAACAUGAUAUAUUUGUGUUGUUGAAUAAAGAAUUUCAGAGUCAAGAUAGUCCACCUGCGAUAUAUGCAAUAAGCAUGAACUGGUUUAAGCAAUGGGAGAACUUUGUAAGAAGUAAAGAAUAUGAACUUCAUCCUCCAACUCCAGUCUACUCAAGUCCAAGUAGCUCGAUGAAAAAUUCUGAUGCUUUAAAAAAAUUAGGAUCAGAUUAUGGUUCUCUGUCAGAAGAAAUGUGGAUAUUUCUGCACAAUAUUUAUGGAGGAGGUCCCGAAGUAUUCCUACAAAAUGUAUCUUGUGUAACCAUGAAUAAUCCCAAUUCUCAGUCCAGUGGAAUUCAUGCUUCUAACAGUUCAUCGUCUACUCGUAUCAGUUCACAAUCAGGAGGAGUAUCUUCGUCCUUGUCCUGCAAUCCGAAACCAUCCUCAAACAUUUCUAGUCAUAAUUAUUCAUCUAAUAUUUCAGGUAAAUCAAAAGCCUUGAAUGAAACAUUAAAAACUUUAGCUGAAGCAAAGUCAUCGAUAGAUGCUUGCAAGAAUGACGACGAAACAGAAACAGAAUGACUUUCCCUCAACCCACAAACAACAUUUAGGUUUAAUUUUCGCAAAAAGCAUUACAUUAUCAUUUAAAGAUAUUUAUUUUGUGUUUUGUUUCAUACAUUUUUAUAUUAUUCACAUUAAUAACAUCUACAUUUUAUAUAAUUACAAUUAAAUUUAUGGAUAUACAGGGUGUAGACACAAAAGUUGCAUUAGAGUAUUUCUUGUUUCUGCUACAUAUGUAAAUGAAAUUACACUGGAGUAUAGAUAAUAUAGGAGGUUGGCUAUUUGUCGGUUUGGAUACCAAACUCCGAGACCCUCUUUUCACAUAGGGACAAAUCCUGUCUCGGGUCCAGUGAAGACCUAUGAAAACUAACAGCCUAAUAGUUAGAAUCAUAGUGCAUCUAAAGAUCAGUACAAAAAUUUUAGUCCGGUUAAAAUAUUCAAAGGAAAAAGCUGAUGGACAUUGUAAAAAAAAAAGGCGAGUCCAUGUGGCAUGGUCUUGAGAACUUAAGAUCAGUUGGAGAAGUCUCACAUGGUUUCACCUUUCAGUUUUUAAGUGUAUCUAGCCACUCCCCUUUGAGUACUUUAACCAGGCAAAAAACAUUUUGUACUGAUCCUAAGAUGCUCUAUGACUUUCAUUUAAAUCACGCUGUUAUCUUUCAAUAUAGGAUCCAAUAUAGGAUUUGCUGUCAGAAAAGGUGAUUGGGAAUGCAUGUUGUCUUAAACCAAUAAAUAGCCCACUCCAGUUACCUGUACUCCAGUGAAAUUGCAUUUAGUUACCACAUAGUAGAGGCGAGAUAGCAUGGUGCAAUGUUUGUGUCUAUACUGUGCACAUUAUAUUCCAUUCUUGAUUGAUUUAAUAUUUAAUUUUAUUAAAAAAAAAAAAAAAUUUACUUA